UGGGUCCCAGGAGCAGCGUAAAAACCGGCCAACCAAAACGAAGCAUUCAUUAACAGCACGUCCGCCAAUCGUACAGCAUUUGUCAUCAAGACCCCUAGCUGUGUUGACUUCCGCGAACGAGCGCUGCAACCAUUCCUACCAUAAUCGCAUCACACAACGGGCGGCAGUUCGCUUGCGUUAUCUAUCAGUCAUAUCCCCAGACUAUUGUGUUACUGCAGAUUUUUGGGAUCCUUUCCCAGUUUGCACCCUUGUGACGACGAACUCGGAAACAGCAUGGCAGCUGGCACGCGACGCAUGUCCUACUACGACAAUUUCCUGCGAAAAUAUCCGUCGGUGGCGUCGGGGAACACCAAGAUCGACGCGUCAAAAUUCGCGGAGAUAUGGCAACAUUACGACUCGAACAAUAGCGGCUACAUUGACGAUGAAGGACUCGACAAAUUCUUCCGAGAUCUUCUCAUGACUACGACUCAAGCCUCGAUUACUCCCGAGCUGGUCGAGGACCUAAAGGAAUGCUUCAUGGAAUCGUAUGACGAUGCCAAAGACGGUAGAAUAGCCAUUACAGAGCUGGCUAACAUCUUGCCUACGGAUGAGAAUUUCAUCCUCCUCUUUCGACUGACGGAGAAUCUCACGUCCAGUGUCGAGCUGAUGACGCUGUGGAAGAAAUAUGACAAGAAUAAGAGCGGUUAUAUUACGAAGCAAGAACUUGGGGCCUUUAUUAAGGACUUACUGGCUCAUCACGACAAGCGCGUCUCAGACACGAAGAUUGAGGAGUAUGUCCAGGGCAUGCUGAAGAUUUUUGACAAGAACAACGAUGGACACCUUAGCUUGACAGAAAUGGCCAAACUACUGUCGAUCAAACCGGAGGAGAAUUUCCUCAUCACAUCCAGCAAACUGGCCAAGUUUGAGGACAUGAGCGAGAGAGAAAGGCUUCAACUAAUGAACGAGAUCUUCGAUCACUAUGACAAGGGACGAACAGGUUAUCUCGAGGGGGUGGAAAUCGAUUUGUUUGUGAAAGAUCUACACGAUUUCGAAGGCGCAAGCGGUGUAGAUACUUUCAACCAGGCCGAUUCGAUGAGAAAAGUUGAGAUCUUCAAGCGCGACCUGAUGAAACAUUGCGACGUGAACCAAGACAAUAAGCUCAGCAAGGCCGAAGUCCGACUGAUCCUCGGCUUCCAUUAGCCUCCAAGGGAAAAAAGAUGAACUACAUAAUAUUUCAGCUUUCACUAACUUUCUCCAUUCUUGUUGCUUUUGGGAAAAAUCUGAAGAGUAUGACGGCCAUUAAGUUCUGACUUAAAUUGAAUUUUACAGAAAUUUUAGCUCCAGACCUAGGCAUAUUUGGUGGUUAAAUUUCCAAACUUUUAUUUCUUUAGUAUGCCGUGCCUGGAAAUUUCUAUAAUUAUAUAGAAAUUCUGUCGCUUAUAAAUUUGUACUUAUAAGCAUAAUCAUGUUGAGAGCAGUACUAAUGAAAAAGACUGAAAAACAAUGUAUCCAGCAAGUAUAUCUUUACUGACUCAAAUUUUAAUCAGGACUUCAAGGCCCCGCAUCAUUCCCAACGUUCUUUUGACGUUGGAACAAAUUAUUAAAAAGCGUCAGUUCAAUGGAAGGUGUAGGGAAAGCGCGGAGUAACAUAUUUGCUGGCCAAAUAUCACCGAUUACUGUUUGUCGAUUACCACCAUAAUCAGUUAUCGGAGUCUACUCUGACAACCCUUCUGUGCUGAUUAUUAUCGCUGAUUGGGGUUUGGUCUCUCUGGUGUCAUAUCGUGCCUUGGUGUCGCGAUUUAAGAUGUACUUCACAUGAAGUGAACGUGAUGCACACAAGUUUCAUUAUUUAUCAGCCAGAAAAGUCUCGUAUCCUUUAACUGUAUUAUUCUAAGUGUUUCUCAGUGUCCUCCAUGUAAAAGAAUAAACAAUAGUAAGGCUGUUGAUGACAUUCCUUAUCGUAAUAUUAUAAUGAUUUGUUGGAAUUCUUAAUUGUCUAAAGUUUGUAAAUGGCACUGCGUGCCACUGUAUCUCUAAGCAUGAUCACCGCGAGACUUACGAUUUUAUGGUAUUCAUGAAUGUGUCGAUGUGCUUUAGUAUACAGCUACGUGAUAUGGGCCAAA